CAAUACGGAGGUAAACAAGUCUAAGCAUAUUUACUUAUCCUUGACUCUGAUCAAACAUAAUUAGGCAUCAGAUACGUAAAUGGCACUUUCAUCCUCCUUUGAUAGAUCAUGGUUACAAGGCAAAGAAGUGAUCUGCUAAUGAACAUCCCUGCUCUGCGCAAGCUUGAUACCAUUCUCAUUGACCAACUAGAUCAGUUUGGAAACCAGAAAGAAUUCUGGUAUGUGUCCAGAGAUAGAGAAGAUUCAGAGCAAGGAACCCCACCAAGAAAUGAUGACAAAUGGUGGAUUCCCACUGUCAAGGUUCCCCCCCAGGGCCUAUCAGAAAGAACACGAAGAUGGCUGCAAUUCCAGAAGGAUUCUGUGAAUCAAGUUCUUAAAGCAGCCAUGGCAAUAAAUGCCCAGGUGCUAUCAGAAAUGGAGGUCCCUGAUAACUACAUCGAGUCCCUUCCGAAGAAUGGAAGAGCAAGCCUUGGAGAUUCAAUUUAUAAGAGCAUAACAGUUGAGUUCUUUGAUCCUGAACAAUUCCUAUCAACCAUGGACUUGUCAACCGAGCACAAAGUGCUUGAUCUCAAGAACAGGAUCGAGGCUUCUAUUGUGAUUUGGAAGCGAAAGAUGCACCAAAAGGAUGGAAAGUCUUCCUGGAGUUCAGGGGUGAGCCUAGAGAAAAGGGAACAAUUCGAAGAGAGAGCGGAAACCAUAUUAAUCAUCCUUAAACAACGAUUCCCAGGAAUUCCACAAUCAGUACUAGAUAUAAGCAAGAUUCAAUACAAUAAGGAUAUAGGACAGGCCAUUCUAGAAAGCUAUUCAAGAAUAAUAGAAAGCUUGGCAUUCACAAUCCUGUCAAAGAUUGAGGAUAUUCUGUAUUCAGACUCCCUCACACAAUCCCCAAAGUCAGAAUCCAACGGAAGGCCAGAGAACGAGAAACCAGAGGAAGAAACAGACAAGUUGAGCCCUGCAGAGACACCAACAGCAACAUCACUGACACUCUCAGAUUUCAUGGGAUGGAAUGUAGAUGUCAAGAAAAAUAAUUUCUGCAAUAUAGAUGAUAAGCCGACGCUGAAACCCAUUGCGACCAAGAGAUUUUCCUACUUGGAGAAGCUUGAGAGUUUGACUUUAUUACGAAGUCCAGCAUCUCGGCAUUAAGCAUCAUCAAUGAAUGUAGAAGAAAAUGGGAAAAAAGAAGAAAUAUGUAAAGACAAAAUAGAGGAAGAGAUACGAAAAGACAAACAUAGAGAAAUGUAGUUAGA